GUAGCAUAUAAUAUGCGCGAGUACUUCGUUUUUCAUCUCCUUUCCAUAUGCCUUAUUCACGUCUAAUAUCAAGUUCCUUGUUCGCUAUUUGACUUCGUAAAGUUAACACGGUGAGGCAGCAUGGUACGUAUUAUCGGUAUUAUGUCUCCCAAGGGCAAAACAUCUUUGGAUUUCAGAGGAGCAUUCAUUACGACUGCUGUAGUUCUUGGUUGGUUUUGUUCAAACACUCUAGUUAGUGUGGUAAACAAGAGCUUAUUCCAGUUAGAGGGUUUACGAUUCCCGAUCCUGCUGACUUCUCUUCAUAUGUUAUCGUCGUUUGUUUUUGGACAUAUGUUGUUAAGUCCUGCGAACCGACAAAACGCUCUAUUUAACAUUCCUCGCAGAAUAUGGAUUAAAAUUCUGGCCCUCAGUGCCGUCUUCUCGCUAAGUAUCGCUUUAGGAAACGUCGCUCUUCAAUAUCUUGGUUUGCCUUUAAUCCAGAUGAUCAGUUCACUCACCCCUGUAGCAACUUUUUUUAUCGAGAUGAUACUAAUGCCAGACAAAUUCAGAUCCAAGUACACAUCACUUUCAUGGUAUUCCAUGGCAGGUUUACUUGGAGGGGCUGUCCUCAGCACCAUUGGCGACCUUGAUUUUGUACUUUUUGGUUUCAUCUGUGCGGUAAUGUCAACCCUGUUACGCGGUUUGAAAAGCUUACUGCAAGAAUACCUGUUAAAGGGAGAAUGUGUAGAAACAACUAUUUAUUUAUUGUACCUAAUGUCUUUUCCCAGCUUUUUGAUUCUGUUUGUUCUUGGUUUUUUUCUGGAGUAUCACAUCAUGUUAGAACUAUGGCAGUUACAUGUUCCUCAUCCCAAGGUUAUCAGUCUUGUUAUUCUUAGCUGUUUAUCAGCUUUUAGCUAUAACAUCUUUGGUUUUCUGGUUAGCAUACAAGCUUCAGCUGUUACCAUACACAUACUAGGUAAUAUAAAAAUUGUGCUUUGUAUUGCUGCAUCUCUUAUUGUUUUUGGUAACAAUGUAACUGUCUUGAGCUGGUUGGGAGUCAUGAUGACUCUUCUUGGAGGAGCUAGUUUCUGGUAUGGAAAAAAGAAGUAACUGGUAGAGAUCAUUUAAAGUGUUGUACCCAGACCCAUGGGACAGGAUGGGGGGGG